GGGCUAUCUGCUUGUAGAUUGAACACACAAGAUAAUACUCAGGCGUUGAGGAGAGAAAGAUAAGGAAAGUAAGAAAAUGGCAUCAGCAUCUCUCCUCAAGACAUCUCCAGUCCUUGACAAAACUGAGUUUGUAAAAGGCCAAUCCCUACGCCUUCCAUCCGUCUCCGUCCGCUGUCAACCAUCUGCACUCACUGUUCGUGCUAGCUCCUAUGCUGAUGAGCUCGUCAAAACCGCGAAAACUAUUGCAUCCCCUGGUCGUGGAAUUUUGGCCAUGGAUGAGUCCAAUGCUACCUGUGGGAAGCGUUUAGCUUCAAUCGGAAUGGAGAACACUGAGGCUAACCGCCAGGCGUUCAGGACCCUGCUAGUUUCAGUUCCUGGACUAGGGGAGUACAUCUCUGGUGCAAUCCUCUUUGAGGAGACACUUUAUCAAUCAACUGUAGAGGGAAAGAAAAUGGUUGAUGUGCUUGUUGAGCAGAACAUUGUUCCUGGUAUUAAGGUUGACAAGGGUCUUGUUCCUUUGGCUGGCUCAAACAAUGAAUCAUGGUGCCAAGGUCUUGAUGGCCUUGCCUCUCGCUCUGCUGCUUACUACCAACAAGGCGCCCGGUUUGCCAAAUGGCGUACUGUUGUGAGCAUCCCUAAUGGUCCUUCAGCACUUGCAGUGAAGGAAGCAGCCUGGGGUCUUGCUCGCUACGCUGCAAUUUCUCAGGACAAUGGGUUGGUACCCAUCGUUGAGCCAGAGAUCUUACUUGAUGGUGAACACAACAUUGAUAGGACCUUUGAAGUCGCCAAGCAGGUGUGGGCUGAAGUUUUCUUCUACCUUGCCCAGAACAAUGUCAUGUUUGAAGGUAUCUUGUUGAAGCCCAGCAUGGUCACCCCUGGAGCUGAGUGCAAGGACAGGGCCACCCCACAGCAAGUUGCUGACUACACCCUCAGUCUCCUCCGCCAAAGAAUCCCUCCUGCCGUCCCAGGAAUCAUGUUUUUGUCUGGUGGACAAUCUGAAGUUGAGGCAACUCUUAACUUGAACGCCAUGAAUCAAAGUCCCAACCCAUGGCACGUGUCGUUCUCAUACGCCAGAGCCCUUCAGAACACAUGCCUCAAGACUUGGAGUGGAAGACCAGAAAAUGUGAAGGCAGCUCAGGAUGCCUUGCUUGUUAGAGCAAAGGCCAACUCUCUUGCCCAGCUAGGGAAAUACACCGGUGAAGGUGAGUCCGAUGAGGCCAAGAAGGGAAUGUUCGUGAAGGGAUACGUCUAUUAAGUGUCUACCAAAGUCUAUAGAUAUUUAAUGAUGAAGCAUGUAAUGUAGCCAAAUCAAACUGCAUAAAUGCUUAUAGCUGCUCCUCAAGACUGUUUUGUUCAUAUACCAUGUGCUUUUAGCAAUUUAUUACAUUAAUCCUGCUCUGUUGUUUUA